AUCUUUUCAGAAGAUAAUUAUAACAAUCAAGCUUAUCCUAUUCCUAUUCAUUUAGAACUUGAAAUAAUGGUUCAACUUAAUAAAAAACCUUUUAUUAUCUGUGUAGUUUGCAAUAUACAUAGUCUACUACAACCAGGCUAUAUUUGUGAAGAUAGCGGGCAAAGUAGCAGUAUAGUUACAAGUACCUCUAUGGCAUUAACAUCUGUUUAUCAAACUGUUUUUGGUACUAAAACAAAAUUUUCGGAACUUGCAUACUUAGGUUUAAAUCAAAUUAAAACUACAGAAAAAUUGUUAAAAGAUGUUGUUUUUCAGCCUUUUAUUGUUAAAUUAGAAAAUAUAGCUAUUUAUGUAAGUUCACUUGGUCAAAUUAUAUGUUCAAACCCAAAUAAAGUUGGUUGCAAUUAUAAGGCAGCGUUAUUUUAUAAAUUUAAAGUGAAACAAUCUGUAUUUUCCCAAUGUAUUAAUAAUGAUAAUUCAUAUUUAAUUACAAUUUAUCAGGAUAGUAAAAUUGUUGGUAAAUAUAAAAGUAACUCACCCAAUGCUGUUUGGCUUCAAAUUAGAAUUUUAAAAUCUAUUUCUGGUGAUAGUUUAUUUGCAAUAAAUCAUCCCACAACUUUACAUCAGUUAGAACAAGUAUAUAAAACAAAAUUUUGUUAUCAAAUACUUAUACCUGAUAAAUGUACUCCUGCAGAUUGGAAUAAUGAAAUUAUUAUGAAUCAUCUAUUUGAAUUACAUUUAAAAAAAGCAGUUAGCAAAUCAAAAGAAGAAUAG